AUGGAUUCAGAUUUUGGGAUAGCGAGAGAAUUGUCCGAUCUCCAAAAGCUUCGAUCUCAGUACCAACCAGAGCUCCCCCCUUGUCUUCAGUCUUCAGCAAAGGGUUUCCCUUGCGGUUUAUUAGUAUUGAUAGAUCUCUCAGAUCUUGGAUCUCAUGGAUGCUGGCUAUCAACGUCUUCUGUUAGUAUGAAAUGGUCGUGGAUUCCAUCUGCAGAUAGGAUUUCAAGGCUGGAUUUCUUCUCCAUUGUUCUUUUCUGCAAGGUCGCACUCCAACGACAGUAUCAGCUUCACAGUGGGGGGCUGAUCCUCAACGCCUUAGCAUCUUCUGUCUGUUGGGCCUCCCUUCAGUGCUCAGUUCUCCCUCUCUCUAUAUUUCUCUGCUGCAGGACUUCUGGAACAUGGACAGUCAUUUUCUGCAUUAAUUCAACGAAUACAAGCUUCUCUAAUCUUGGUAUUCACACGAAUACUAAGACUACCAUCUCAAUAGCUGCUUUGGAGGUCUUCGUUUCUGCAUUGUCAGAAUCUGCUCCUGUUCUUUGGGUAAGGAUCGCAUUCCAUGAGACCCUUUCCAGGAUCUCCUACGAUGAACAGAGGUCUGCUCAUGGCCCCUCGAUUCCCUUAGUUGUUCAGAGGCUAUUCACUUGCCUUCCAUCUGACACCCAUAAGGCGGCUGCCUUAUCAGCUGCCUUAUUAGUUACCUUUCCAUAUGCCUUAUCUGCUGCCUUAUCAGAUACCAUAUCUGCUGCCUUAUCAAUAAGGCGACUGUAUUAUCAGCUGGCUUUCCACAUGCCUUAUCAAAAUCCAUAUGAGAGGACCUUUCAACUGCCUUAUCUCCAGGAACCUAACAGAUCAUUUUAUCUCUCAGCUAAGGUCAUUCAGCUCGUCUUCAAGCUCAGUCAGGCUCCCACCUUAAGCUCUGAAUUCGCAACUCUCAGCUCCAAACCAACAACUCUCAGCUCCAGCUUGCAGCACAAGAUCUGUCUGCAACAUUACAUCAGCUGGUCCAUUUAA